AUGAACGCAGUUUUUGCGAGAGGCACUUGGUACUUUGAAAGAAAACCUCUUGUCUUUAGCAUUUGGGGCUCUGAUUUUGGGGACAAAAAGCUUACCAGCAUCCCUCUCUGGGUUAAAUUCAAGAACCUCCCUGAUUAUUAUUGGACCCGGGAAGGGCUGAGCCAUGUUGCAAGCUCAAUAGGGCCACCUAUUUGUGCAGACAAGACUACUUCUCAGCUCAAUCCGGUACAAUUUGCCAAGAUUUGUGUUCGCUACACUGUGGGGGACACAUUGCCUGAAGUGAUUAAGGUCGCUGUGCUUGAUGCUGAAACUAAGGCACUUUCCUCCUCGACUUUUGCUGAAAUUGAGGUGUCUUAUCCUCAGAGGCCAUUAGUGUGUAAUGGUUGUAAAUCGUCGGGUCAUCUUGUGGGAGCUUGUCCCUCUGUCAAGCGCGUUUGGGUGCCCAAGGUGCACAAUGAUCAGCCCUCUGUUCAGAAUGAUCAGCCCCCUGCUGCAGAUACAGCUGCUAUGCCUAAUACCACUGUGGAGCAUCAAGCUAACAAGCCUCCUUCUUUUGAGCUUUUUGUUGAGCUUACUGGUGAGUCAUUUGCUAAGGGCACAUCUGUCGCAGCACCUGUGCCGGCUGCUACUGUUGAUAAACCGGAGGAAUGGACCACUGUCAAAGGCAAGAAAUCUAGUCCUCCUAAGACUCGUAGCCAGUUGAAGAAGGCCAGAAAGGCAGUGGGGAGGAAUUCCCCUCAAAAGUAA